AUGUUAAGCGCAAUUUAUCAGAGAGCGAAACCGAAGGACGAUUUGUCAAAUAGUCUGUCCGGAUCAGCUGAUCUUUUGAUUUUAAACAUUAGUAAUGGUAAAUCAACAGCGUCAACGUCACCCAAAGAGUUGGAAGUGACAUUUGAUCAUCAAGCACAACUAUUCUUUUCACUAAAGAGUAUCAAAGGUUUAAAAAUCGAUGAACCCGUAAGAAUAUAUUGUUUGGCAUCACUGGAAAAGCAAACCAUUCAAACCACUUCAAUCAAUGUACAUCCAAAUUCAAAUAUUGAGUGGAAUGAAGGUUAUACAUUUGAUGUCAGUUCACCAAAUACGGAAUUAACUUUAACGCUAUGGCAAACAAAUGUAAAUAGUAUUCAACAAUCAAAUGAUCAAGAAAUGUCUGUUUCACCAAUAAGUCCAUCACCACUUAUUGGCAAUGGAGAUCAAUCUUUGACACCAAGAAAAAGUGUAAAUAUGUUUAAUAUUGGAAAAGUAAUUGGUAGAGUCUCUAUUCCAUACUCUGUGUUUCAAACUCAAUAUCUUGAUCAAUGGUUCCCUGUUAGUUCAUCUUGUUCUAUACAUGUUAAAUUAAGUUAUACAAAUUCAAAUAAUAAGGUAACAUUAAAUGAUUUUGCAGUAUUGAGUAUGAUUGGUAAAGGUGGAUUUGGACAUGUUAAUGUUGUAAAAAAAGUAGAUACUGGUAGAUUGUAUGCAAUGAAGAUUGUAAAAAAGGAUAGAUGUUUGGAUUUGAAUGCCGUUCAACAUACUUUUACCGAAAGAAAAUUACUCAAGAAAUAUUACCAUCCCUUUAUUGUUGGUUUGAAAUAUUCCUUCCAGACACAGGAUAGUCUUUGCAUGGUACUAGAUUACAUUGGAGGUGGCGAGUUGUUUUAUCACAUAAACGAACGAGAAACCUUUUCCGAAGAUACUGCUCGUUUCUACAUUUCUCAGAUUAUGUUGGCCAUUGGUUUCCUUCACGAACAUGGAGUCAUCUAUCGUGAUUUGAAACUUGAAAACCUUUUAAUGGAUCUUGACGGCAACCUCUGUCUUGUCGAUUUUGGUCUAUGCAAGGAAGGUGUCAAAGAUGGUGUACCAACCUAUACAAUGUGUGGUUCACCAGAAUAUAUGGCACCUGAAACAAUCAAUGGUUCAGGUUAUGGUAAAUCUGUUGAUUGGUGGGCAUUGGGUACAUUAUUUUAUGAAAUGAUUGUUGGUUUACCACCAUUUUAUUGUGAUGACCCAAGAGAAAUGACAAAAUUGAUUUUAACAGCACCAUUGAAAUUCCCACCAGGUAUUUCAAAAAAUGCUACUAGUUUGGUUUCAAUGUUAUUGAAUAGAGAUCCUCAAAAGAGACUUGGAUCAGGUGAAUCCGAUGUAGAGGAAAUUAAAACUCAUCCAUUCUUUAGAUCUGUAAAUUGGCAAAAAGUUUUAAACAAAGAAGUUGAUCCACCUUUUAAACCUCAUCUUAAUGGACCAUUAGAUUUUUCAUAUUUUGAUCCAGGUUGUACAAUUUCAAAACCAGUUUAUCCAAAUUCGAUCAAUACCAAUUUAUCAGAGACUGAUCAAAUGGCAUUCCAAGGGUUUUCAUAUUCAGCACCCGACUUUUUCAAUCUUCAGAAUGGUAGUGUUGGAGGUGCAGUGCCGUCGUCUCCGUCGAUUUCAAGAUCGGGAUCAAUGUCACAAAAUACACCUCUCAACAAUGCCUCUAAUAGCAACAGACUAUUGUCCAACUCGCCCGUUCCAAUGACAUUGUCACAGUCACCCAUGUUUAGUCCCAACAGCAGUCUCAACAGCAGCAACAAUAGUACUAGUUCAGGUAUCAUGUCACCACCAGCUGCCACCAAGACAUCUUGGGUUCAACCUCAAUUUCCUCACCUUCAUCAACCAAUCCCCCAAAAACCAAUCUUUGCCCUUCAAAAACUACAAGAACGAAGAAGAUCGGCUUCUGUCAAUUCCCAAACUCAAUUUUCCUUUGCAUUUGAUGAUGAUGAUGAAGAUGAAAUGAAUUAA